CUACAACUCCUUCAGGCGCUCAUCGUCGAGCUCGGGCUUUGCCCUGCGGCGCUGCAGCCCUCCGCCGGCGCACUGUCGUUCCCCUCUCUCCCUGCCCUCCCGCACUCGCUCCGCGCGGCCAAGGCAUUGCUCAAGAGCCAAGCGUUCCUCAACGUGCGCGACUACCUCGCGGUGCGCGGACAAGGCCUGGACGCGUUAAGGCGCGUGAUGCACCCGAGUCGCAGCUCGCUCAUGCGCGAGGUGCGCAGCGGGAAGCGCAUGCCUAGGGAGGCCGUGAAGGAGAAGGGUCUCGGUGUGCUUCUGGUGACGUGCUUUUAG